GCGCAUGCGCGCUGACGGGUUCUGGCUCCAACGCGGCACUUCCGGGAGAGAGGGUGACGUGUGAAGCCGAAGAGUGAGACAGGACCUAGGGAGAUGCUGACCAAGUUCGAGACCAAAUCUGCCCGAGUUAAAGGGUUGAGCUUUCACCCCAAGCGCCCCUGGGUACUCACCAGCCUGCACAAUGGCGUCAUCCAGCUGUGGGAUUACCGCAUGUGUACACUGAUUGACAAGUUUGAUGAGCACGAUGGCCCCGUCCGAGGCAUCGACUUCCACAAGCAGCAGCCGCUUUUUGUGUCCGGAGGAGAUGACUAUAAAAUCAAGGUGUGGAAUUACAAGCUCCGGCGUUGCCUUUUCACGCUGCUGGGACACUUGGAUUAUAUCCGCACCACCUUUUUCCACCAUGAAUACCCCUGGAUUUUGAGCGCCUCUGAUGAUCAAACCAUUCGCAUCUGGAACUGGCAGUCCCGCACCUGUGUCUGUGUCCUGACCGGUCACAACCACUACGUGAUGUGUGCGCAGUUCCACCCCUCUGAGGAUUUGGUGGUAUCCGCCAGCUUGGACCAGACUGUGCGCGUCUGGGAUAUUUCUGGCCUAAGGAAGAAAAACCUUUCUCCUGGAGCGGUGGAAUCCGACGUCCGUGGAAUCACCGGGGUUGAUCUGUUUGGAACCACGGAUGCUGUUGUAAAGCAUGUUCUGGAGGGACAUGAUCGCGGUGUAAAUUGGGCUGCCUUUCACCCCACAAUGCCCCUCAUUGUGUCAGGAGCAGAUGAUAGACAGGUCAAAAUCUGGCGGAUGAACGAGUCCAAAGCUUGGGAAGUGGACACCUGCCGAGGACACUAUAACAAUGUCUCCUGCGCCGUGUUUCAUCCUCGCCAGGAGUUAAUCCUCAGUAAUUCUGAGGACAAGAGCAUACGCGUCUGGGACAUGUCUAAACGGACGGGCGUUCAGACUUUCCGUAGAGAUCAUGACCGGUUUUGGGUGCUGGCCGCGCACCCCAACCUCAACCUUUUUGCAGCAGGCCACGAUGGAGGAAUGAUCGUGUUUAAGCUGGAGAGAGAGCGUCCUGCUUAUGCUGUGCAUGGAAACAUCUUGUAUUACGUGAAGGACAGGUUCCUCCGCCAGUUGGACUUCAACAGUUCCAAGGAUGUGGCUGUCAUGCAGCUGAGGAGCGGCUCCAAAUUCCCCGUCUUCAACAUGUCUUAUAAUCCAGCUGAAAACGCCGUCCUGCUGUGCACCAGAGCCAGCAACCUCGAAAACAGCACCUACGACUUGUACACGAUCCCCAAAGAUUCUGACUCCCAGAACCCCGAUGCUCCGGAAGGGAAGAGGUCCUCUGGCCUGACAGCUGUGUGGGUGGCACGCAACAGGUUUGCCGUCCUGGAUCGCAUGCAUUCGAUUCUUAUAAAGAACCUGAAAAAUGAAAUCACGAAAAAGGUCCAGGUUCCAAACUGUGACGAGAUCUUCUACUCUGGAACGGGGAACCUGCUCCUCAGGGAUGUUGACUCCAUCACCCUGUUCGACGUGCAGCAGAAACGCACUCUGGCCUCUGUGAAGAUCUCCAAAGUGAAGUAUGUCAUCUGGUCCUCAGAUAUGUCUCACGUGGCUCUUCUGGCCAAACACGCCAUUAUGAUCUGCAACAGGAAGCUGGAAUCCCUCUGUAACAUCCAUGAGAACAUCCGAGUGAAGAGUGGAGCCUGGGAUGAGAGCGGGGUCUUCAUCUACACCACCAGCAAUCACAUCAAAUACGCGCUCACCACUGGGGAUCAUGGGAUCAUCCGGACGCUGGACCUUCCCAUUUACAUCACAAGAGUGAAGGGUAACAAUGUGUAUUGCCUGGACAGAGAAUGCCGCCCCAGGGUGCUCACCAUCGACCCCACGGAGUUCAAAUUUAAGUUGGCGCUAAUUAAUCGAAAAUAUGAUGAGGUCUUGCACAUGGUGAGAAACGCUAAGCUGGUUGGUCAGUCCAUCAUUGCCUACCUCCAGAAGAAAGGCUACCCCGAGGUGGCGCUGCACUUUGUCAAAGACGAGAAGACCCGCUUCAGCCUGGCUCUCGAGUGUGGAAACAUUGAGAUCGCGCUGGAGGCAGCCAAAGCCCUGGAUGAUAAGAACUGCUGGGAAAAGCUUGGGGAGGUGGCCCUGUUACAGGGGAACCACCAGAUUGUGGAGAUGUGUUAUCAGCGCACCAAGAACUUCGACAAGCUCUCCUUCCUCUACGUCAUUACCGGGAACCUGGAAAAGCUGCGCAAGAUGAUGAAAAUUGCUGAGAUCCGCAAGGACAUGAGUGGACAGUACCAGAACGCCCUGUUCCUCGGGGACGUGGACGAAAGAGUGAAGAUUCUGAAGAACUGUGGCCAAAAGUCCCUGGCCUACCUCACGGCUGCGACACACGGAGUGACUGAUGAAGAAGAAAGUCUGAAAGAGUCAUUUGACCUGGAAAAGGAGAUUAUUCCUGAAGUUGACCCAGAUGCCAAACUGCUCCUGCCGCCACCUCCCGUGAUGCCCUUGGACACCAACUGGCCAUUGCUGACCAUGUCAAAGGGCUUCUUUGAAGGAACCAUUUCAAGCAAAAGUAAAGGAGGAGCAUUGGCGGCAGACAUUGACGUGGACACAGUUGGAGGUGAAGGCUGGGGAGAAGAUGCCGAGUUGCAGUUGGAUGAAGAUGGCUUCGUUGAUGCUGGUGAAACAUUUGGAGAGGAAGCCGUGAAAGGACAGGAGGAAGGAGCCGGUUGGGACGUGGAAGAAGAUUUGGAGCUGCCUCCUGAACUGGAUGUCCCCUCUGGGUCUUCAGGCUCAGCAGAAGAUGGGUUCUUUGUUCCACCCACGAAAGGCAGCAGCCCGGCGCAGGCUUGGUGCAAUAACUCUCAGCUUCCCGUGGACCAUAUUCUGGCAGGAUCAUUUGAAACUGCAAUGCGGCUGCUGCAUGAUCAGGUUGGCGUGGUUGACUUUGCUCCAUAUAAGCAACAUUUCCUGCAUACCUUUUCCCGAGGUCGCUGUACCUACCAAGCUUUGCCCGGCCUCCCCGCCAUGUACGGCUAUCCACAACGCAACUGGAAGGACGCCGGGUUGAAGAACGGACUUCCUGCCGUCGGCUUGAAGCUCAGCGACCUCAUCCAGCGCCUGCAGCUUUGCUACCAGCUCACCACAUCCGGCAAAUUUGAAGAGGCUGUCGAGAAGUUCCGGCUCAUCCUCCUAAGUGUGCCGCUUCUCGUGGUGGACAACAAGCAGGAGAUAUCAGAGGCCCAACAGCUAAUAGCCAUCUGCCGGGAAUACAUUGUAGGAUUAUCCAUGGAAAUUGAAAGAAAGAAACUCCCCAAAGAGACUCUGGAGCAGCAGAAACGCAUCUGCGAGAUGGCCGCAUACUUCACUCAUUCCAAUCUGCAGCCGGUACACAUGAUCCUGGUGCUGAGAACAGCCGUCAACCUCUUCUUCAAACUCAAGAACUUUAAAACAGCCGCUGCCUUUGCCAGGCGACUCCUGGAGCUGGGGCCCAAGCCAGAGGUGGCUCAACAGACUCGGAAGAUCCUGUCCGCUUGCGAGAAGAACCUCACAGACGCCUACCAGCUGAACUACGAUAUGCACAAUCCGUUUGACAUCUGUGCGGCCUCGUACCGGCCCAUAUACCGAGGGAAGCCGGUGGAGAAAUGCCCCCUCAGCGGCGCCUGCUACUGCCCUGAAUUCAAAGGACAGACCUGCAGGGUUACAACGGUAACGGAAAUCGGAAAGGAUGUUAUUGGCCUGAGGAUCAGCCCCUUACAGUUCCGCUAACGGGCCGUGUCCCUUGAUCUUGGCUCACGUUUGCGUCUUUGCUCCGCGUGUACGAUGUAUGUUGCACGUAGCGUGACGUUUCGUUGUUUCCCUCCUCCUCCUGUUAUUUGAUCCAAGCUCGUACGAUGAUCUUGUAAUGUAGGCGUAGCAUAAAACGUGCUUUUUCUCAUUAAACAUGUAUUCCUUUAAAGCCAAUAAAAAAAAGGAUCUACAAACGUA